AUGGCGUCUCUUCGCCACGACUUCAAGGACGAACUGGUGGUGUCGAAGCUCGCUGCCAAGGCUGUGAGCAUCGUGCUGGACCCUGUCGGGAAGAUGGAUGACAGGGGCCGAUUCAUCGGUCACAGCACUCACAACUUCUUUGUGCGCGACAAGAAGGGCAAAGAGAAGUGCUUGGUAACCGUCAGCCAGGACUCCGCAGUGGACAUCAAAGGCUUGGGCCACAUUCUGGGCUACAAGGAAGCCCGCCACUGCCAGGAUUGCGAAAGCAAGCUAGGCUCGAAGAAGGGAUGCGUCACGGCGCUGAGCUUGCUGUACGACGGGGACGGCAUCGACUGGUGUGUGGACGAGAAGCUCCUUUCACUUGACACGUGGCGCAUUGGCACCAGCGAGACGGGUGCGGAGCCUGGCUACGUUGCCGACGUGCCGCUCUCUGUUGUGGAGGGGUUGCUACGAGAGACCGGGCACUGGCAGUCGAAAAAGGUUCUUCCACAUCUUUCACUGGCCGGCAAUGGCAGCAACGGCGGCAACGGCGGCAAUGGCAGCAAGGGCCAUGGCUACACGGCGGCAGAGAAGGCGGAGAAACCGGAGAAGGUUGCCAAGGGCCCAACGAAGGGUGGCGGCGUAGAUGUCAAGAAGGCCGAGGAUGUGCCUGGGUGGUACGAGCAGGUCAUGGAGAAGGCGGAGUUGAUCGAGCAUUACCCGUUAAGAGGUUGCUUCAUUCUGCGGCCUUGGGCUUACAAGAUCUGGGAGCAGAUCCAGAGCUGGUUCGACUCUGAGAUUAAGAAGUUGGACGUGGAGAACUGUUACUUCCCCAUGUUCAUCCCCAAGGCAGGGGUGUACCUGGAGCGGGAGAAGGAGCAUUUGGAAGACUUCGCUCCGGAGAUGGCCAUGGUGACCAAGUUCGGCGACACGGACAUCGAAGAGCCUGUGGCCAUCCGUCCUACGAGCGAGACGGCCAUGUACGCGGCGUAUUCCAAAUGGGUGCAGUCCCAUCGCGACCUCCCAAUCAAGUUGAACCAGUGGUGCUCAGUCGUCCGUUGGGAGGUGAAGCAGACAACGCCCUUCCUGCGCACACGCGAGUUCUUGUGGCAGGAGGGGCACACGGCCUACGCGGACAAGGAGUCCGCUGAAGCGGAGGUCCUGGAGAUCCUCGAGCUUUAUGCCCGGGUCUAUGAGGAGCUGCUUGCCAUCCCAGUGAUCCGAGGCACCAAGACAAAGGCCGAAACAUUUCCCGGCGCGGACUAUACCACUACGGUGGAGGCUCUGAUCCCGGCCACUGGGCGUGCUAUUCAGGGGGCAACGUCGCACCAUCUGGGCCAGCACUUCUCGAAACAGGAGAUGUUCGACAUCAAGUUCCAAGACCCCUCGGACCCCAGUGGCCAGAAGCUCAGCUACGCCUACCAGAACUCCUGGGGCCUCACUCAACGUACCAUCGGUGUGAUGACAAUGGUGCAUGGGGAUGACCAGGGCUUGGUGCUGCCUCCAAAAGUGGCAGGCGUUCAAGUAAUCAUCGUCCCACUUGGCCUCAGAUCAGGCAUGCCUCCUCAGGAUCGAGAGUCUUUGGUGGCAAAGCUUCAGGAGUACCGCAGGCGCUUGCAAGAGAAGGGCCUUCGGGUCAAGGUGGAUGACUCGAUGGAGAAGAACCCAGGUUGGAAGUUCAACCACUGGGAGAUGAAGGGCGUGCCUCUUCGCCUCGAGCUUGGUGUCCGCGACCUGCAGAGUGGGAGCGUUGUCCUUGCGAAGAGGACGGAUGGCCCGGAUGGCGCCAAGACACAGUGCAAGGAUGGCGAGCUUGAGCAGGCGGUGGAGAAAGCUUUGGAGGACAUACACUCCCAGCUAUAUGACCGUGCGCUUGGCGAGCGAGACGCACGCCUGGCCUUCGUGGACGCAUGGGAGAACUUCAGCCCGGAGCUGAACCAGGGAAAGCUUGUCUUGGUGCCCUUUUGUGGGGAGAAAUCCUGUGAAGAGGACAUCAAGGAGACCACCAAGAAGGAGGCUGCAGAAGAGGAGACGCUGGGCGGGCUGAAGAUGGGGGCCAAAGGCCUUUGUGUGCCCCACGCGGACCGGUUCCACAUGGGCUGCCCUUCUGUCUGCAUCAAGUGCCAGAAGCCCGUAAAGAUUUUGGCAGUCUUGCGGGUUGUCAGCCGUGUGGAAGCGUGCGAAGUUAGCCAAAAGAUUGCUAUUCUGUCGGAGUGGGCUGCAGGCCUGGAUCACAUGGACGAGUGGCCAACUGCCGUUCGAUAUUUUCAGAUGCUUGUGUGGGCGGGGAGCGCUGGAGUUUUCAGAGUUAGCAUGUCUCUUCUGCUGUCUCCCUCUGGCUGCCCUGUCUCCUUUGUCUGGGUGAUGCAGUGCCCGGGUGUCUCCUGGUGUUGGGUUGGUGUGGGCUUGACCACCUGCGUGCCGAAGUUUGCCACUGUGUCGGCGCGGCUCCCAGAUCCUCCAUGCCGACGAGUCUUGGCGCAGAAAAAGAUCAAUGCGGCGCUGAAGGAAGUCCGGGAGUUCUUCAAAAGCCAUGACUUGACAUGGAGGCGGCGCCUUUGGGAAAGGAACGAGGUGGGUGGAAUGAUGGCCCUGAAAGCUGCGGACUUGAACGAGUCUGAUGGUGAAGGGGAUUCGACGGAGUACGUGAAGCUCAACAAAGUCCUGUUGGAUCUUCACACACGCGUUGACAGCACGGAUAUGGAUGACGUCUACAACAUCACCCUGCCCCCAAACGUGGAUUCCAUUGCACAGCAGAUGGUCAUGAACACUUCCCUGCCGGUCUUUGAUAUCCUGACUGACGCUGCGCUGUUGGAUUGCGUCCGGCACGCCUUGGGCAUGGAUGACAUCAGUGAAAUCGACACUGUCCCCAUUCAACAAUUUCGAAUGAAGCCUCCCGUUAAUUUGCUCUGGACAAGUCGGCCCCUCCAUGCGAGCACAGGUACGACUGGCUGGCAUCAAGACCGCUUCUCCUACCAUCCUGGGGCAGAUGCUGUGGAGGUCUUUACCUGUUGGACGUCUCUUGUGGAUGUGAACAUAGAAAUGGGCCCCCUGCAGGUCCUCCCAGGAUCUCACACACUGGAGUUGCAAAACCACAUUCCAGAACCUGAACACCCCGAUGAGUGCUCGAUUCCUCUAUCCGUGGUCCAGGGCUUGACGGAGAAGUACGGCAUGAAGGUGGAGACCUUGACCGUUAAUGCUGGUGACCUGGUCUUGCUCGAUCCUUUACUCAUGCACUGCUCUCUGCCGAAUGUAUCCGGGAGGUGCAGGAUCUCCAUGGACAGUCGCUACUGUGCUGCGGGCCAGGCAUCUGCCAGACCCUGGUUCCCCAGCUUCAACGUGUCCACAGUGACCCACAAGCAAUACGCUGCUAGCUGGUCGCAGGCGCAACAAGAUCUUCUGAAGAAUGAACCUGGCAAGCGCUUGCCACAAAUCAACCGCUUCCAGACUCCAAAAGUGCUGCUCUUGACCAUCAAGAUCUGGAGAGUCUCCCCCCCUGACUCCUUCCUCGCAGCAUUCGGUGUUCUGGUGCUCAUGGCGUCUCUUCGCCACGGCUUCAAGGACGAACUGGUGGUGUCGAAGCUCGCUGCCAAGGCUGUGAGCAUCGUGCUGGACCCCGUCGGGAAGAUGGAUGACAGGGGCCGAUUCAUCGGUCACAGCACUCACAACUUCUUUGUGCGCGACAAGAAGGGCAAAGAGAAGUGCUUGGUAACCGUCAGCCAGGACUCCGCAGUGGACAUCAAAGGCUUGGGCCACAUUCUGGGCUACAAGGAAGCCCGCCACUGCCAGGAUUGCGAAAGCAAGCUAGGCUCGAAGAAGGGAUGCGUCACGGCGCUGAGCUUGCUGUACGACGGGGACGGCAUCGACUGGUGUGUGGACGAGAAGCUCCUUUCACUUGACACGUGGCGCAUUGGCACCAGCGAGACGGGUGCGGAGCCUGGCUACGUUGCCGACGUGCCGCUCUCUGUUGUGGAGGGGUUGCUACGAGAGACCGGGCACUGGCAGUCGAAAAAGGUUCUUCCACAUCUUUCACUGGCCGGCAAUGGCAGCAACGGCGGCAACGGCGGCAAUGGCAGCAAGGGCCAUGGCUACACGGCGGCAGAGAAGGCGGAGAAACCGGAGAAGGUUGCCAAGGGCCCAACGAAGGGUGGCGGCGUAGAUGUCAAGAAGGCCGAGGAUGUGCCUGGGUGGUACGAGCAGGUCAUGGAGAAGGCGGAGUUGAUCGAGCAUUACCCGUUAAGAGGUUGCUUCAUUCUGCGGCCUUGGGCUUACAAGAUCUGGGAGCAGAUCCAGAGCUGGUUCGACUCUGAGAUUAAGAAGUUGGACGUGGAGAACUGUUACUUCCCCAUGUUCAUCCCCAAGGUGUACCUGGAGCGGGAGAAGGAGCAUUUGGAAGACUUCGCUCCGGAGAUGGCCAUGGUGACCAAGUUCGGCGACACGGACAUCGAAGAGCCUGUGGCCAUCCGUCCUACGAGCGAGACGGCCAUGUACGCGGCGUAUUCCAAAUGGGUGCAGUCCCAUCGCGACCUCCCAAUCAAGUUGAACCAGUGGUGCUCAGUCGUCCGUUGGGAGGUGAAGCAGACAACGCCCUUCCUGCGCACACGCGAGUUCUUGUGGCAGGAGGGGCACACGGCCUACGCGGACAAGGAGUCCGCUGAAGCGGAGGUCCUGGAGAUCCUCGAGCUUUAUGCCCGGGUCUAUGAGGAGCUGCUUGCCAUCCCAGUGAUCCGAGGCACCAAGACAAAGGCCGAAACAUUUCCCGGCGCGGACUAUACCACUACGGUGGAGGCUCUGAUCCCGGCCACUGGGCGUGCUAUUCAGGGGGCAACGUCGCACCAUCUGGGCCAGCACUUCUCGAAACAGGAGAUGUUCGACAUCAAGUUCCAAGACCCCUCGGACCCCAGUGGCCAGAAGCUCAGCUACGCCUACCAGAACUCCUGGGGCCUCACUCAACGUACCAUCGGUGUGAUGACAAUGGUGCAUGGGGAUGACCAGGGCUUGGUGCUGCCUCCAAAAGUGGCAGGCGUUCAAGUAAUCAUCGUCCCACUUGGCCUCAGAUCAGGCAUGCCUCCUCAGGAUCGAGAGUCUUUGGUGGCAAAGCUUCAGGAGUACCGCAGGCGCUUGCAAGAGAAGGGCCUUCGGGUCAAGGUGGAUGACUCGAUGGAGAAGAACCCAGGUUGGAAGUUCAACCACUGGGAGAUGAAGGGCGUGCCUCUUCGCCUCGAGCUUGGUGUCCGCGACCUGCAGAGUGGGAGCGUUGUCCUUGCGAAGAGGACGGAUGGCCCGGAUGGCGCCAAGACACAGUGCAAGGAUGGCGAGCUUGAGCAGGCGGUGGAGAAAGCUUUGGAGGACAUACACUCCCAGCUAUAUGACCGUGCGCUUGGCGAGCGAGACGCACGCCUGGCCUUCGUGGACGCAUGGGAGAACUUCAGCCCGGAGCUGAACCAGGGAAAGCUUGUCUUGGUGCCCUUUUGUGGGGAGAAAUCCUGUGAAGAGGACAUCAAGGAGACCACCAAGAAGGAGGCUGCAGAAGAGGAGACGCUGGGCGGGCUGAAGAUGGGGGCCAAAGGCCUUUGUGUGCCCCACGCGGACCGGUUCCACAUGGGCUGCCCUUCUGUCUGCAUCAAGUGCCAGAAGCCCGUAAAGGACCUGCGAAGGACGCUGUUUGGGCGCAGCUACUGA